AUGCCUCAGCGGAUGACCAUCGGUCUUGCGCAAUCACACACUCUCUCCUCGCUCAGCCUGACCUUGUCAGCCCUCCGGGACACCACGAAACGUGCCGUAGCAAAGGGCGUUUCUAUUCUGCUUUUCCCCGAAGCCUACCUCGGUGGCUAUCCACGAACCUGCUCGUUCGGGACUCUUGUGGGCUCGAGGUCGGAUACCGGUCGAGACCAAUUCCUCGCAUAUGCGAAAUCCGCGGUUGAUCUCGGUGACACACCCAACGGAGCAGGCGACGCCUGGAUCGAAAACAAGCUACCCGUAGACGAGGUCCUGGGCCAGCGUGGCGAUGGCACGCGCGAGUACCUCGAGAAAGUCGCUCGCGAAACCGGAGUGUUCAUUAUCACUGGUGUCGUGGAGAAAGCAGGCGGUAGCCUGUAUUGUGCAGCUCUUUACGUCGACCCUGAGCGUGGCGUUAUAGGGAAGCGGCGCAAGCUUAUGCCGACAGGUUCGGAGCGACUGGUCUGGGGUCAAGGGGCUGCAUCCACCUUGAAAGCCGUCACUACAACGAUAAAUGGCAUCAGAGUGGUCAUAGGCUGCGCCAUUUGCUGGGAAAACUAUAUGCCUCUACUUCGAUACAGUCUCUACAGUCAGGGCGUGAAUUUGUGGUUGGCGCCGACAGCAGACCCGCGUCCUACUUGGCAGUCGCUGAUGCAGACGAUAGCAUUCGAAGGACGCUGUUUCGUGCUAGGCGCAAACCAAUGUGUGAAGAAGAAGAACUUGCCUAGGUGGAUCGCAGGGACACGGCCUGUUGUUGAAGAUCAAAAGUCCCGGACACUCGCCAACGGCUUGCUAUUCGAUAUCAAGACGGAAGAAACCCAUAAGACUGUUGGGAAUGACGAUAAUAACAUCCCGACUUGGAGGCAGACGGAUGAUUCAGCGGGCGACGGCGAGCAAUUCGUGUCAAUUGGCGGCUCAUGCAUCGUCAACCCGUUCGGUGAGACGAUCGCUGGGCCAAUCUGGGAGCGGGAAGACGACCUUUUGUACGUCGAGGUCGAUUUUGACGACUGCGACCGAGGUCAUCUGGACUUCGAUGUCACAGGACACUAUUCACGACCUGACGCCUUCAAAUUGACAGUCGAAGGAUUAGAUCUGAAUCCUCUCUGGUAG